AUGUCAGCAAUAGCAAAUAGCAGCAGCAGCAGCAGCAGCAGCAGCAACAGCGGCAGUGGUGGCAGCGGCAUAGCCAAGAAAAGCAGUCACAACAGCAACAAUAACAACAACAACAACAAUACAACAGCAACAACAGCGACGACGUCGAGUUUAGUAUCCUGUAAAGGCGCUGCUCACAAAAAUAUGAAAAAAUCGAUGCCAGACUCCGAUACUUCAGCAGUCACAGUCACAGCCAUAGCCAUAUCCACAACCAAAAUAGCAGCAGCAGCAGCAGCAGCCGCAGUAGCGGCAGUGUUAAGAGCAGUAUCAGCAGCUACACAACAACAACGACAACAACAGGAAUAA